AUGUGCGUGGUGAGUUCCCCUAAGGAAAUUUAUGUCAAGGCAGGUGAGAUGGUGGUGCUUCAGUGUCCUCGGGAGACAGGAUACAAUCAUGAUAAUGAUGCGGUGAUAUGGAUUCGUGAAAAUGAGCUGCAUGUAAACCUGAGCAGCAUGUCAGCGACUGAACAGAAACGGAUGAGUUUGCUGUGUCUUGAUCAGAGUCUUUAUAUUCUCAAUGCUUCAGUAGAUCAUCAGGGAAACUACUCCUGUUCACAGAGGAAUGUAAGCGGGCAGUCCCAGCUCAGUCUGAAGGUUUACACCACAAUGAGCAAAGAGCUGGAGAACAUAACUCGCUUCUCACAUACAUGUUACACACAAGAGUACUGCAAAUUGGAGUGUCCUGAAGUCAAUAUCCCACCCAUAAGUAGUUCCAUCUUCACCAGGCCUAUCCCUACAUGGCAUAAGAAUGAGUCAGCAGAGGAAGUUAACAGCUAUUUCGAAAGGGUGGAAAAGAAAGACGGUGGCGUCUACACCUGUACCAUGGCUUAUCUGUAUGAGGGACAAAAUUAUAAGAAAAGCUUUACGUUGGUUUUGGACGUCCAGCCUAAACCGAGUUCACCGUUUGAGAUUAAAUGCGAAGCUUUGAUUAAUGACCUCGACGAUUCACUGUUUUGGCUGCUGAACACAACCAAGUUUGUGGAGAACAAUGACUCCUUCCGGGUAUUCUACUACGAAAAGUGGGAAACAAUCAACAAUGAAAAUCAACAAACGGAAAAUACAUCUGAAGGAGGUAAAAACACGGCAAAUCUAGUGUUUAAAGAAGUAACAGAGGAUGACCUAGCAAAUGAGUACAACUGUAAACUGGAAUCCAUUUCAUACGUUGCAACAGAUUUUGUCACAAUCACUUUGGCUAAAAAAGUUCGACCAUCUUACAUUUCUGUAGCACUUUGCUCUCUGGUCAUCUUGGCAGUAAUGGCUGUAACUGUCAUUGUCUACGUGAAUUUCAAAAUUGAAGUCACUCUUUUCCUGCGGGACACUCUGGGAUGCCACAGGAGAACUUCUGGUGGAAAGACAUACGACGUCUUUCUGAUGUAUUAUAAGAGCGAUAAUGUCACAGGACUGACAGCAUGUGAUGCAAAGUGGCUAGAGAAUGUUCUUGAGGAGAAUUUUGGUUAUAAACUCUGCCUCUACGAUCGUGAUGUUCAACCAGGAAAAGCUGCAGCCGAGGCAUUGCUCGACUGCGUAGAACAAAGUCAAACGGUUGUUUUGGUACCGUCCCCUGCAACUCAAAGUCUGGAUUCUGGCUUGCUGAGCGCCAUCCACGCAGCCCUAGUGGAACGCAAGACGAGCUUGGUUGUCGUGAGAACCGAGAGUGAAGAAGAAGCGAAAUGGGUAUCCAAACCGGAAGUAUUUCGACUUCUUGAGAAAACUGGGCACUGUGUAAAGUGGCAGGGCUUGAACUCCUUGUCACCUUCUUCUACUUUCUGGAAGAAGCUACGCUAUCACCUCCCGGCAGGAUGUAUUGGAAACAAGGCUUUUCCUUUAGAUGCGCUUCCACAAUAA